UUGAUGACGUCCUUCCUUCUUCGCCGCAACAACACGUGUGCGGUACACAGUUCAGAGCUGAAGGUGGAGAACCAGCGACUAAACUUCAGAUUUAAGACACCGCCGUGUCAUUUUUUCUUAUCCGCGGAAGGCUUUGCCGACUAAGCUUUCAAAAUGGUGAAGCCACGUUUUAAGGGGAAGAGCUCGAUAAACACCUCAACGUCCAGCAGCAACCCUGACCGAGCAAAAGGUGCAGGUGGGAGCAACAUGAGGGACCGAUCCACAAUCAAGCGUCUGAAUAUGUACAGACAAAAGCAGAGAUGUAACAACCGUGGACAAGUCAUCAGACCUUUACAGUUUCAGUCCACAGUGGCUCCAGGGACAGUGGCCAGAGUUGAACCCAAUAUCAAGUGGUUUGCAAAUACCCGUGUGAUCAAGCAGUCGUCCCUCCAAAAGUUCCAAGAGGAGAUGGGAGCAGUACAGAAGGAUCCAUAUCGUGUUGUGAUGAGACAGAGCAAACUUCCCAUGUCCCUGUUGCACGACAGAGUCAAAGCCCAUAACUCUAAGGUCCACAUUUUAGACACGGAGGGUUUUGAGACCACAUUUGGGCCCAAGGCUCAGAGGAAGAGGCCCAGUCUGGUGGUGGGGGACGUAAAGGACCUCCUAGAACAGGCCGAGGCCUCAGCUGAGACCUACAGUGCAGACAAAGACAAAGACUUGGUGACUGAGGACACAGGGGUCCGGGAGGAGGCCCGUGAGGAAAUCUUCAAAAAGGGUCAGUCCAAGAGGAUUUGGGGAGAACUUUACAAGGUAAUCGACUCAUCGGAUGUCAUCAUCCAAGUGCUGGAUGCUCGGGACCCCAUGGGAACACGCUCCAAGAGCAUAGAGGCAUAUAUGAAGAAGGAGAAACCUUGGAAACAUCUCAUCUUUGUUCUUAACAAGUGUGAUCUCAUUCCCACCUGGGUCACGAAACGGUGGGUCGCUGUUUUGUCACACGAGUACCCCACGCUGGCUUUCCAUGCCAGCCUCACCAACUCGUUUGGAAAGGGCUCCCUCAUCCAGCUGCUCCGGCAGUUUGGAAAGCUCCACACAGACAAGAAACAGAUAAGUGUGGGAUUCAUUGGCUAUCCUAACGUAGGAAAGAGCUCGGUCAUCAACACGCUGCGGUCGAAGAAGGUCUGCAAUGUAGCCCCCCUUGCAGGAGAAACAAAGGUGUGGCAGUACAUCACUCUGAUGAGGCGAAUCUUCCUCAUCGACUGUCCUGGUGUCGUCUACCCUUCAGAAGACAGUGAAUCUGAUAUCGUAUUGAAAGGAGUGGUUCAAGUGGAGAAGAUCAAGUGCCCAGAGGAGCACAUCGGGGCCGUACUGGAGCGGGCCAAGCCUGAAUACAUUCAGAAAACCUACCGCAUCCCUACUUGGAACAACGCUGAAGACUUUCUUGAGAAGCUAGCAUUUCGUUCUGGGAAACUCCUGAAGGGCGGGGAGCCAGAUCUCUCCACUGUCUCCAAAAUGGUGCUGAAUGAUUGGCAGAGGGGACGUAUCCCCUUCUUUGUGAAGCCCCCUGGACCUGAAGGAGAUCAAGAGGACAAGGAGGUGUUGGCAGUCGAAGGACCCUCAGACAUGGUUGAGAAUGUCCAGGAGGAGCAGCUCGACAAUCCUGAUGCCACCUCGGAGGAACACAAGAAACAGCAGCAGCGGCAGCAGAAAGAGAAAGAGCAAGUCCAGAAGAUUCUGUCUAACGUUCGACAGAACUUUGGAAAGAUCAACGUGGCACCCGAGUUCAGCGAGGAAGACUUGGUUCCCGUGGAGAUGCCCGACCUGGACGUGGCUGAUUACUCCGGUUCGGAUGGCGAGGAGGACGGUGAAGAAGAGGACGGGGAAGACGAAGACGAGACCAAAGUUAAGCCAGCCGAUGGUGAGACUGAGGUCCCAGAGCCUUCAACGACUCCGACUGGAAAGGCAGACGGCAACAAGAAUCCACGCGCGGUGGUUCGCGAGUUAGAUGCCAAGAUCGCCAAGUACAAGCAGUUCCUGGACCGGGCCAAAUCCAAACGCUUCUCUGAAAUCCGGAUACCUAAGGCACUCUCUGACAAAGUGUUCACAGACAUGAAGACUAAACAAGCGGCAGCAGCUAAACAAGCACAGAUGAAAGCUGCGAACCAGAAGAAGGGGAGAGCCGGGGAUGACGAGCAGUCCACCCAGGCGCGCAGACUGACAUCCAAACAGAGAAGAGCGAUGGACCGUGCAAAGAAAGCAAAGAAAGUUGGUGUGCGCUAUUACGAAACGCACAACGUGAAAAACAAGAACAAGAACAGAAAGGCCCCGGCUUCAUCCACAGAGGGCCACAAGGCUAAAAGAUCGAAGCACUAGAGAGAAGUCUUUAAAGGCAACAUGUAAUGAUUCUUCUAUUUAAAUUAGCCCAAAAAAGGACAUAUUAAUGGAACCAAGGAGUUGAAAGACGGUGGACUUAUAACAGGUGUGUAUAAAGGGUUUUAUCAAGUAGCCACUUGAUGCCUUAUCCUGACCGCGUGUCCCUCUCGGAACAAAAACUGCCUUCUCAACUUUUUCUCCCCUUCAACCAAGAACUGUGUUUGAAUGACUUUUCAUUCAUCAUAAACACGUGUGAUGCUCUCUUGAUGUUCAAGAGAUGUGUACAGUACAUGAGCUGUACUUGUCAUGUCAUGCUGUUGGAAUAAAUGAAACUCUUUCUGA